UGAAAACAAAGUUUGAGACAAUCAUUGACUCAUUGAGUGAUUGCUUUGAAUUGAAUUACAAUUGAUUUGACAAUUGAUUGCAUGAUUGAAGACAAACGAUGUCCACGACUAUGGACUCGAAGGCCAACCCGUUGUCCAACAAAAUCAAUAAAAUACUCAAUCAACCCAUGGAUAGAGAGACAUUGGAGGCGUUGGUGAGUGUGUCGGAUGUGCUUCAAGACAAUAACCUCCAGAGUCGGCGCCAUUUGAGGACUGAUAUCGAGAGACAGAGUCUGAAGAUCACCGAAGAGUUUGUCAAUUGUUUCGAUGCAUUGAAGCACUCUUUGAAUGACUUGUUUUCAAACGUCAAUCAAAUGAACCAAAACUGCAAACAAAUGAUCGAAAGGAUUGAGACCACAAGAACCCAAACCUCGCAUCUUCUCAAACAAACCAAUCAAUUGAGUGAAGAAUUAAAGGGAAUAGAAGUGAAGGAAUUGGUGACCAAUCGUUUCAUUAAUGAGUUUCAACUGAAACCCGAAGAACUGAUGACAAUCAACAACACCAACGAUGACAUCGACGACCACUUCUUCGAGAUAAUCGCAAAAGUGCGCAAAAUUCACGAAAAGUCGAAACUAUUGCUCACUAAUAGUCAACACACGACUGGAAUCGAAAUCAUGGAUUCAAUGGCUCUGCACGAAGAGGCAGCCAAUGAGCGGCUCUAUCGGUGGACUCUAAACAUAUUGCGAGGGAUCAGUUCGGAUGUGAUUGAAGUUCAUCCGCAGCUGUUCCGAGCCAUGGCUUGUCUCGAGGAGAGGGAAAUACUCUUCAAAUACUGUUUGGAUGAAUACGUGACGGUUCGCCGAUCGGCUGUUGUCCGCAAUUUUAUCGAAGCGCUCACCAGAGGCCGACCCAACGCUAACAGCCCUCCCAUUGAGAGCCAUAGCCAUGAUGUGAUCCGAUAUGUGGGCGAUAUGUUCGCGUUUCUGCACCAAUCGGUCGCCAAUGAGAGGGAAAUGAUCGACACUUUACUCAAGUUAUGCGACAAACAAAAGCUGUCGACCUCUGGUUUGGCCAACACUUGCAUCGCAUCCAUAACUGAAGGUUUGUGUCGACCCCUGAAGGUAAGGGUCGAACAGAGCUUAAUAUCGGACAACACGAGUGCCGCGAAAAGCGGUCCAUCCGUAUACUAUGGCAUCAAAAACAUAAUCGGCUUUUAUGUGCACACAUUGACACAAACACAGCUCCUGACCCCCGACUCGCCCUUCAUUUAUACGCUCAAAGAGUUGCAGACAUUGAGUGAUAAGAUAUUCUACAAUAGUCUCAACUAUAGUGUCGCCCGAAUCGGCAAAUCCGAGGCCACUAGUGAUGUGGAAGUGCCGGCCAGUGAUCUAAAGCCCACGCAAUCCGUGACACAAAUCGUUGCGGUUCUCAAAGAAGUGCUUUUGUGUCAAAACUCUAGUCUCACGUCAGAUGAGGAGAGGGAGCGAGAAGUGCAACAAAUCCUGUCGACAGUCAUCGAGCCGUUGAUCCACUCGUGUAUUAUCUCUGCGUCCAAACUGACGGCUCUAGAAAUGGCUGUCUUUCUCGUCAACUGUCUCUUCGCUAUCAAUGAAACACUUUCUAACCAUCGCUUCACCGAUCGUUUCAAAGACAUGAUUACACAGCAAACUGAUGGACACAUUGACACUCUGGUGAACGAACAGAUAUCGCAUAUAAUCUCUUAUUUGGGAUUAAGUCCUCUUCAGAACGCAAUCCAACAAAAAGACGAUCUAAUGAUCCCUUUGUCUCAACUCUCGGGAUGUGAUUCACUGGCCAUCCGUUCGGCGAUGCUAAAAAUGGAUUCAUUUAUCUCUCGUCCGACAGAUCUAGUGCUCAGUCAGAGCUCACAUCUCAUUGACUCAAACACUAAGCAGUUGGUGUGGAAGCGAUCUCUGGAAGCGAUUUGUUUGAUAUACGAAGAGAUGUAUGAAUUGGUGACCAAUGGUGUUAACCAAUACGUGGACCCCUUAUCACUGAUGAACUAUAAACCGGAUCAAAUGAAAAUGCUUUUGUUGAGUGCUAUAAUAGGGAAGCGAUUGCAUCGACAGUACUGUCGGUACAGACACUACGGAACAGACACUCCAUUCGUGCGGACACUCGACGGACAGGCGUUCAUACGAGACGUGAGGGAGAGGGAGGAAAUCGGUGGUUAUGACACGGAUGAGGAACUGGAUCUCUUGGACACCAAAUACUUUACGCCACAGACUCUGGAUUUGUUGGCAAUUAAGUUGACUGAAGACACGAACGACUGUCCACUGCUUCCCAACCCAUACAUUAAAACCGCCGAUCACUAUUUGUAA